GCGCUUGCAAUAAGGAUCGUUUUCGUGGGAGUGUGCUUUGUGUGUCCUACAGGGAGGUUUUAUGAAAUGGGAUAAUGUAUUGACUCAACAGGAAACAGGCUUCGGUUUAGAGUAGUACAUCGUCAGAGGACAUGAACAAAACACUAGUCGGUGAUAUAAACGCAGAGAGGCUACUUUAUUGUACUGUAGAAGUUUUGACAUGUUUCCGGCAGUGCGGCUCGUUUUCAGCAUACUCUCUUCUGUUUAUGUGCUAGAAUAAGAAGAAGUGUGAUUUCGUUUGAUACAUUUGCCUUGCGGGCUACAAAGGACAGUGUUGAAUUUGACAAUGAAGACGAAAACAAGUGGUCGCGCUAAAAGCCGCUGGACUUCAACAGCAGCAACAGCUGGAAUAGUUCUGCUGAGUUUGUUUGCAUGGUCUUGUCACGCAGAAGAAGCAUCUUGUCACGGAGCUUACGACUUGUACUUUGUUCUAGAUAGGUCGGGAAGUGUUUCUAACGACUGGGGUGAGAUUUAUGCCUUUGUGAAGAAUCUGACAGAUCGAUUUGUGAGCCCCAGCAUGAGGGUCUCCUUUAUAGUGUUCUCGUCUUCAGCCAAAGUGAUGUUACCUCUCACUGGAGACAGGUAUGAAAUUCAGGAAGGCCUGGAGAGACUGAGAGAGGUGAAGCCUGCAGGGGAGACCUACAUGCACGAAGGGAUUAAAGAGGCAAACCUUCAAAUCAAAGAAAGUUCAGAGUCGUUUGACAUCGUGCUUCGAGGGAACGGCUUCUCUGUGGGACGAGGCAACGGCGAGAUCGUCUGUAGCUUCAUGGUGGGCCAGCAGAUCUACAACAGGAAGCCAAGCGUUGUGCAGAACGAUUAUCUCCUGUGUCCUGCCCCGGUGCUGUAUGAGGUCGGACAGUCCAUGGAUGUGCUGAUCAGUCUGAACCACGGGAAAUCCUUCAUCUCUAGUGCCUUCACCAUCCACGCCUCAACAUGUUCGGACGGCGGUGCUGUAGCCAUCGUCUUCCUGGUGCUGUUGUUACUGGCAGCGUUGGUAACUGCUUGGUGGUUCUGGCCUCUCUGCUGCACCGUGGUCAUCAAACCCCCCCCUCCUCCUCCUGCUCCUUUGCGGCCUCCACCACCCGAGCCAGAGGAGGACGAUCACCUGCCCAAGAAGAAGUGGGCGACUGUCGACGCCUCGUACUACGGAGGGAGAGGAGCAGGAGGGAUCAAACGCAUGGAGGUGCGUUGGGGAGAGAAGGGCUCUACAGAGGAAGGGGCAAGGCUUGAAAAGGCUAAGAAUGCUGUAGUGUCUGUUCCUGAGGAGGUGGAAGAGCCCAUGAUGGCCAAACGGCCCCCCAAACCCAAACCUACAUACCAACAGCGCCAGGAGUCCAAAUGGUAUACCCCUAUAAAGGGUCGACUGGAUGCGCUGUGGGCAUUGCUUCGGCAACAGUACCACAGAGUUUCUCUCAUAAGACCGACCACUGCGGACAAGACAGACCUCCCCCUCCGCCUCGUGUCAUUGGAGGCCAGCCGGCUUAUACCGUCCACCGGAUACUGGAUUCCGCGGGUGCAGCGGUCCUGGCAGUAUCUGGUGGACUGGGAAGCUCAGAACCAACGUGACCCCGAUCCAGCUCAGAACCAACGUGACCCCAAUCCAGCUCAGAACCAACGUGACCCCAAUACAGCUCAGAACCAAUGUGACCCCAAUCCAGCUCAGAACCAAUGUGACCCCAGGCCAGCUCAGAACCAACGUGACCCCAAUCCAGCUCAGAACCAAUGUGACCCCAAUCCAGCUCAGAACCAAUGUGACGCCAAUCGCGCUCAGAACCAAUGUGACCCCAAUCCAGCUCAGAACCAAUGUGACCCCAAUCCAGCUCAGAAUCAAUGUGACUCCAAUCCAGCUCAGAACCAAUGUAACGCCAAUCCAGCUCAGAACCAAUGUGACCCCAAUCCAGCUCAGAACCAAUGUGACCCCAAUCCAGCUCAGAACCAAUGUGACCCCAAUCCAGCUCAGAACCAAUGUGACCCCAAUCCAGCUCAGAACCAAUGUGACCCCAGUCCAGCUCAGAACGGAUGUGACCCCAAUCCUGCCGGCACCACUGAACGAACGCUGUCCUCGCCCCUCAUUUCAGAACAGAUGUGUCCCCAAAUUCUGGACCACUGGAAGAACAUUGGCUCGCUGGUGGAGGGAAUACUGGCUCGCUGGUGGAGGGAACACUGGCUCGCUGGUGGAGGGAACACUGGCUCGCUGGUGGAGGGAACACUGGCUCGCUGGUGGAGGAAACACUGGCUCGCUGGUGGAGGACACUGGCUCGCUGGUGGAGGAACACUGGCUCGCUGGUGA